AUGGAUGACGGACAUCCACAGCCACAGGUUUUGAGCACAUUGGUCCAGCGGCGAUGGUGUACAGGCUUUGGUUGGGCUGCCACGGGCAUUGUGGUGCUUCUAACAGUGGCCAUCCUUCAAGUCAAUGAUCUCAUUCAACUGUUCUGGCUCGGAACGCUGGUGAAUGUUGCUUUGUCCAUCACCAAGAUGGCACUGGCCCAGGUCACUGUCCAUCCAAAGGCGCUAAUGGCGGAUGCAGUUCAUGGCCUGGGGGACACCGCGGCGGAAGUGGUCACAGCUUUGGCAUAUGUCGAAGCUGCGCGACCACCAGACAAGGAGCACCCUUGGGGACAUGGUAAGAUCGAAUCCAUCGGUGCUGUCGUUGUCACGUGCAUCCUUCUGUACAUAGCAUUUUCCAUGGGCUACGACAGCAUCACCUCACUUGUGCCCUUACUUACAGAGGCUUUUGAAAGAAGAGGAAACGAACCCAAGACGGAUGAGGCACCCAGUGACAGCAGUGAGGUUCCGAGAAGGCCGAGUCAAAGCAAGACGGAGACAGGCAUUGAGAGAAGAGUCCGGCGAGCUGCAAUAGCAGUAGGUGUGGCGUCAGUGUGUCUGAAGGAGGCACUUUAUCAUGCAACUCUUGACGCUGGAGAGCAAGUACAGUCAAAGCUGGCGGUAGCUACAGCAUGGCAUCACAGAUCAGACUCUCUAGCUGCUGGUGUCGCGUUGACAUCGCAGCUUGGAUCAGCCCUCGGCUUUUGGCCGGGCCUGGAUCCACUAGGUGGUGCAGUGGUCGCAGCCAUGUUGGGCCACUCCGCAGUUGACAGCCUUCGUGACAGCAUGAACGAUCUUUUGGAUUACAACAGUGCCACUGAUGGUGAUGAAGACACUGGCAACAUUCGUUUUAGCUGCGGUUCCCGUUCAGCAUUAGCGAGGACCAUCACUCGAGUGCAAGGAGUCAGGAACCACACACUCAGGACACGACGUAUGGGGCCCUUCUGCCUCGUAGAUGUGACAAUCAUUGUCGAUGCACGGAUUUCUGCCUCAGCGGCCUCCAUGAUUGCAGAGUCAGUGCAUGACCUUGUCAUUCAUGACUUCCGGCCAGCAGUGACAGAUGUUUUAGUACAUGUUGAUCCAGACGGAAGUCCGCAGUCGCAUAGGCUGGAGACCCAUUCUGAGGCCAACACAGUUGCAGAGCAGGUCGAAACCGUGCAGAUGCUGAACCCAGAGGACCUUGAGGCUCAAAUCAGAGCAGCACUGCUCCAGGAUCCAGGCGAUCCUGAUCUUCCAAAAAUCAUCGAGGUGACGGAGCUCCACACCUAUUAUUACAUGGAGGAGCCAGGACCAGAGAACGAUUGGAAGAUGUCGGCUUACGUCGACGUCAAGGUGGACUUUCGGCUGAACGGAGAAGAUAUCCCGAUUCGAAGGGCUGUUGCUGCGGGACGUGCUGCGCGUCAACGAGUGCGGACAGCAUUGCCAGGCAUUAUUCGCGAUGUUGAUGCAAACUUGCAAUUGGACAUUGACUCUGAGGAGUCGCCUGCUCCGUCCAGGGAGGUGCCCAAAGCUUCAUGCAUGCCUGGUAUUGGAGACGCGGCUGAUACCCAUGGCAGCUGGGGAGUGGAACCACGGCAGUGUGCCUCUACAACCCGGCUGUCAACUUCAUUUCAAGGUGCACGGGCAGACUCUGAUCGACACCUGCAGCAGGUGAAGCUCAUUUGGGAGCGCGGCCCUGAAGCAAGAAAAGUUGGAGUGCCUUACGUCCAUUCGUCCACAGGCUACAGUGAGAAGAAAACCUUGAAGCAGAUGCCCAGAUGGCACCCAUUGCUUGUGCACUGGGCCCGUCAGCAACAUGGGGAUGCAAAUGUUUCUGCCCAGGGUCCAGAAAGAUGGACCUACCUGAGCUGA